AUGCCUAGCUUCACUGUCUACAAAGGCUCCAAGGAGGGCAAGAUUGUCAAGGCCACAACCAACAAGCCCGAUCUCCAGAACGAUCAAGUCCUCGUCAAAGUAACCGCCUCCGGUCUCUGCGGCACAGAUGAGCACUACAAGGAAGCCGACAUGGCUCUCGGCCACGAGGGCGCCGGUGUCGUCGAAUCAAUCGGGCCCCACGUCCAGAACCUGAAGAAGGGAGACCGAGUUGGCUGGGGCUACGAACACAACAGCUGCGGCUCAUGUGAAUACUGCCUGACCGGACGCGAAACCUACUGCCCCGAGCGCGAGAUGUACGGCCUUGCCAACCUGGACCAGGGAAGCUUCGCAUCACACGCCGUCUGGAGAGAGGCUUUCCUCUUCAAACUGCCCGACUCCAUGACCGAUGCCGAAGCCGCACCACUCAUGUGCGGUGGCGCAACCGUCUUCAACGCCCUCUUCACAUACGGCAUCAAACCCACCGACCGCGUCGGCGUCAUGGGCGUCGGAGGCCUCGGCCACCUGGCCAUCCAAUUCGCCGCAAAGAUGGGCUGCGACGUCAUUGUCUUCUCCGGCAGCGACAGCAAGAAGGACGAGGCGAUGAAGCUCGGAGCCAAGGAGUUCGUCGCGAUGAAGGGAAAGACUGAGCUGGAUAUUGGCCGCAAGGUCGAUGCGCUGCUUGUUACUACCAGCGUCAACCCGGACUGGAACAUCAUGCUGCCCGUUAUGGCGCCUGACUCGGUCAUCUUCCCGCUCACGGUUUCUAUGGGCAACUUUGAGAUCCCGCAUAUGCCGUUGCUUCAGCAGGGUAUUAGGAUUCAGGGAUCGGUUGUGGCUGCUCGCUCAGUACAUCGCCACAUGCUUGCGUUCGCUGCGCAGCACGGUAUCAAGCCUAUUCUAAUGGAGUUCCCGCUCAACGAGUCUGGCAUUGAGGAAGCGAUGUCGACUUUGAGGGAUGGAAAGAUGAGGUACCGUGGUGUCCUCAAGCCGCAGUAG